AUCGUGACAGUCGAACAUGGCGGAGGAGAACAGCGCAGAAAAAGAAAAUAUUGCCGAAGCCAGGAAGCGAUUUUUUGAUGACUAUGCUGAAAACCUACAUGAUUACGAUGAGAAGGAUUUGAAAAGACUCCAGCAUGAUGACUUUUGGGCCAGAUGUUUUACUAGAGCAAGAGGACAAAAUAUAGCCAAAGCUGUUGAGGCCAUGAAUAUUUGUCUAACAUGGAGAAAAACCUUUGGUCUGAAUGAAUUGACAGAGAGGCAAAUUGACAGACGGCUGUUUGAAACMGGGUUUCUUUAUCCACAUAAUCGAGACAAGGAUGGCAAUUCUAUCAUUAUUUUUACUGGGAAGAUACACAAAAAAGACCCACAGCAGCAUCCAGAACUAAAGAGAUAUUUAGUGUUUAUGUUAGAAAAACACGCAAGAAUGUAUCCUGGCAGACAGAUAACAUUAUUGUUUGACAUGCAAGAAACAGGGCUUGCAAACAUGGACAUGGAUUUUGUGAAAUUCAUCAUAACCUGCUUCACAAAUUAUUUCCCUAACACACUUGCUUGGUUACUUGUUGUUGAGCUGCCAUGGAUUUUAACAGCUGCAUGGAAGAUAGUCAAGACCUGGCUUUCUCCAGAAGCAGUAAACAAAAUAAAAUUUCUCCACAAAUCCGAUCUUAUGGAGUACAUUGAAGAAGAUAACAUAUUAGAAAGACUUGGUGGAAAAGACAGUUAUCAAUAUAGUUAUCCUCAAAGUCAAGAAGACAUUGCUCUUGGUCCAUCAGAAAGGGAUGUCGAUAGUCUGGAUGCUGUUUACAAUUCAAUUGAUCAAGUACCAGCAGUAAAUGGGGAAGCAAAACCAAAUUUGGAUGAAGCAACUUCCGACUCUCCYAAAACAGCAAAGGUUACUUUUGAUGAAGAAAAUCUUGCUUAUAAUGCUUCAGCUAACAAUUCUGUAGUGGAUAACCACAGAAAUAAAGAAGAUUCUGAGCAGCUAUCUCCCAAAACAACCAGUCAAUCAAAGACUUCGAGUCCUGUUGAAGAAAAGUCUCCAUCAACAAAACUGUUGACUAUAUCACCUACAGAAGAGCUUAUAUUUGGAGGUACACCGAAUGCAGCCGGUGAACUGCUACAAACMUUAACUCUUGAUAAUAAUUCUUCWAAAACCGUGGCAUUUAAGGUUAAAACAACAUCUCCAGGGAGCUAUCGUGUUCGUCCAAGUGCUGGUGURAUCAGYUGURGUUCUUUUACUGAUGUUAGCGUGUAUUUACAACCCGGUCACACAUUAAAUGUUAGUAAAGAYAAGUUUCUGGUUAUGUCAACCGAAGUAAGCGAAGGCAUGUCUGCAGCAGAUGUCGCCAAUGUUUGGAAAACUACUCCCAAAUCAAAUAUCUCKGAUCACAGGUUACGAUGUUCAAUCGUGUCAACAAUCAUACCAAACGAGGCUCAUCAUUCAGAGAAUGACAGCAUAACUGGCACCAUAACUAACAGCAAAAUUAGUGUAACAACUUCUCCUUCUGUGGCUGAACAGCUGAAAUCCAUGGAACGAAAGAUCGACCGAAUCGAGAAAAAGAUAACUUACAUAGAAGAAGGGCUMCAGAUGUUCAUUAAAAUACAGAUAGGUUUAUUUUCAUUCAUGGUGAUUCUAUUCUCAAUUGGAUUUUAUUAUUUUACGUAUCUCAUUUAGCAAAUGAUUAAUGACAACAAAAAUAGCACAGCUCCUGAUUUUCAGCAGGGGAACUGGGUACUAGUAGUUUAUAAACCGGGAGAAUCUAUGUAGCACUCAGUUGAUGUAAUAUAUUCAUAAAGAUAUAAUACAAAACACAUAAUACAAUAGAACGAGAAACAAUGGAAUACAAUACAUUUUAUGAAUACAUUACAUCAACUGCAUGCUACGUAGGUCACCCCUUUAUAAACCUUUAUAAAUGUAAAACCCAGGCCCUUGUCGAAGAUCAGUCUAAUAACCCCCGGGGAGGGGGGGAACUCCCUUAUAAACGUUGGUAGGUAUGCUCGACGGACCUUUUAGGGUCGAAAAUAAAACCCUUGCGUACCUUUUGGGGUCCUGAGCUGACUCCGUACCUUUUAGGGUCAAUUUUCGAACAACAGGAUAAAAAAAUUGAAGAAAGAGAUUAAAGAAAUAGAUUUUAUUCAUUAAAAAAAAUAAUAAUAAUUAAAGAAAUAGAUUUUAUUAACCUCAGCAAUCUAUCGACAUUGAUUUUCUACAGUUUGUUAAACUUGAGCUUUUGAAGACGUCAAAAAUGCUCGUACCUCUUAGGGUCUCGAAUCGAUACUUGAAUUAAUUUAUACGUACCUUUUAGAAUCAUUUUUCAAUUCGUCCGUCGAGCAUACCUACCAACUUUUAUAAGGGAGUACCUUCCCCCCGGGUCUAACACAGUCGUGAAAGUUGAAUCAGGGAUCAGUAAUAUUUUUGAUGAAAGGAAUUUUCAGAAGUCAAAGGGUUGGGAUAGUAUUAUAUUUUCAUUCUAUAGGGAUCAAAACAAUAAAAAAAUGUGAAAAAAAAUUAAAGAAAGUGAUCCCUGGUCUGGCGAACUUGAAAUAAUACAAAGUGAUAAUAGGUUAARUCAAUCAAUCAUUUCCGUUGUAUUUUUAUGGCUAGAAAUACUAGCAUAUUUUUAUUUUUAUUUUUAAUUAAAUUAUAUGCAUUAUGGCAUAAUUGCUACUGUAAUUUGCUUUUGAAAAGCAUUAUCAUAUCAAUAGUUCUAACGUGUUGCGUUUCUGUUAUCAUAACGUUGUUGUUUGAUUUCUUGUGUUUUCGUACACACACACGGACUGGUGGUAGAUGCAUGCACCUCUCCUGGUCUUACUCUGUUAUUAAAAUGUCCAGUCGGUCCAGGAAACAGGUCAUUUGAAUAAAUAUUAUCUUCUUAACCUUAAAUUACAAUUAUUGAGAAAAUUAAGGCGAAAGUGUACGUUCUUUUUUUUAUUUGAAAUAAAAUACAAAUUUUCAAGGCGA